AUGAAAGCAAUGAGGGUGAACGAAGCAUUAGAUGAUGCUGUCCCGUUGCAUAAGUCGUUAAUCAUUCGUGAGGCAAUGAGGUACUCACUUCUUGCUGGUGGGAAACGGGUUAGGCCAAUCUUGUGCAUAGCUGCUUGUGAAUUGGUCGGAGGCGAUGAGGCUCAGGCAGUCCCAAUAGCUUGUGCUGUUGCGAUGAUCCACACCAUGUCACUGAUCCACGACGAUCUUCCCAGCAUGGACAACGAUGAUCUGCGACGAGGUAAGCCCACAAACCACAAUGUUUUUGGUGAAGCAACUGCUGUUCUAUCAGGUGACGCUCUCCUGUCGCUUGCUUUCGAGCAUAUAGCAGUUAGGACCACGAGUGUCUCACCAGGCCGAGUGGUUCAAGCCAUUGCUGAGUUGGGUUCUGCAGUUGGCUCACAAGGCCUUGUGGCUGGGCAGAUUGUAGACAUCUGCAGCGAGGGAAAACAAGUGAACCUGAGUGAAUUGGAGUACAUUCAUGACCACAAAACAUCGAAGCUCCUAGAGGCUGCAGUGGUGUGUGGGGCUAUCAUGGGGGGGAGGGAAUGUGAUUGA